UCAGUCAGUCGGUGACACCAGCUUUCGCGGGAACUAGAGACACGAGACACUACGGCUAAGGUGGUGGUCUAGGUGCUUCCGAGUCGCCAUUAAGCAGUUAAACAAAAAACAUUGAAAAUGGUCCUCGGCAAGACAAUAAGCAGCCGUUUAGUGCUGCUAGUGAUACUGUGCCUAAGCGUGACUGUGACAACGGCCCAGCAAUGGCUACGUUCGCUGAUCGACAGCUCGAACGGGACGAUCGACAUCAAAUCGUUUCCGGGCGAGCAGUGCCUGCGCGUUUGUGAUAGCACCCAGCCUCGCAUCUGUUACUUCUCCUGGACCAUGGAGCACUAUCACGUGAUGGGACCCGCAUGCCGUGCAUGUUCCAAAGGAAAUCCUCAGGAUUGCUUUCAUCCUGCUUGCCUCACUGCCGAUGGUGUGGAGCGCGGAGUGAUGAGCCUCAAUCGGCAGAUUCCUGGUCCGAUGAUUAGCGUGUGCAAGGAUGAUUUGAUCGUGGUCGACAUCACGAACGCUAUGGCCGGGACGUCCGCCACCAUCCACUGGCAUGGUCUGCAUCAGCGAGCUACGCCGCACAUGGAUGGAGUUCCGUUCAUAACGCAGUGUCCGAUUCAGUUCGGUAAUACGUUCCGUUAUGCGUAUCUAGCAACGGAAGCCGGCACCCAGUUCUAUCACUCCCAUUCGGGGCACCACAAGGUUAACGGACACUACGGGGCACUGAUCAUACGGGAACCGAAGCGAACCGAUCCCAACUCCGGGCUGUACGAUUACGAUAGCUCCACGCACGUCAUUGUGGGUUCGGAUUGGAUGCACGUGGAUGGAGAAAUGUUUAUGCCCGGGCUACCAUCGUCGGGCGGUAUACUACCGGUCAAUCUGCUCAUCAACGGACGCGGUACCUUCAAGGAGACAAAAGACAGUCCGCGCACCAACGUCCCGAUGGAGGUGUUCUACGUCCAGCGUGGCAAACGGUUCAGAUUUCGCUUCAUAAAUGCGGCGAGCCAUGUGUGUCCAUUGCAGCUGCAGAUCGAAGAUCACACGAUGGAGAUCAUUGCUAGUGACUCGUUCCAUCUGCAGCCACACAAGGUAGACACACUCGUUACGACGUCCGGUGAGCGGUAUGAUUUCGUUCUGCACGCAAAUGGAGUUAAAGAUACUUACUGGGUACGACUGAGGGCGUUGGGUUCGUGCGAUCAGCUGCAACUGGAGCAGUUCGCUGUGCUCAGCUACAAGCAAGAUCAAAAGGAGAAACUGGCGUUCCCACCGGAGGAACCUCCAUCCUUCGAUAAACCGUUCGCCGGUGCUCGCACCGCAAAUCAUCCGAAUGCGACCUGUGGGCAGCCUGCCUUUGGUGAUUACUGCAUCACAGACUUCCAGGCGUACGAUACGGAUGAAUCGAUCAUUAAUGGAGAACCGAAGCACAUCUUUACACUGGGUUUCUCGAACUAUCUCGUCAGCUUUCACCACAUGUUCGAGACGCACUCCUAUGAACACUUUAUGAACAUUCACGAUGAGCUGAUGCUACAGGGAGCGAUCAACGAUCUCAGUUUAGCGUAUCCACCCUUCCCGUUGCUCACACAACCGGAAGAGAUCGACGAGAGCAUGUUCUGCACGAACGAAACUCGUCCGGCGCGUUGUGCCGAUCGGCAACUGUGCACCUGUACCCAUCGGCUAAAGAUCGAGCUGGGUGAUCUGGUAGAGCUGUACAUUCUUGAUCUCACGGGCAUGAUCGAUGACCUGAAUCAUCCGUUCCAUCUGCACGGCUACCAAAUGUACGUCAUGGAACUGGGCCAGGAUCGCCGGGUACCGGUGACGUAUGAGAUCGCGCGUGAGCUCGCGAAACGACGGUUAACGGCCCGAAGUACGACACCGUUGCCGCCCAGAAAGGACACGGUUUCGAUACCGAGCCGCGGGUACGCUCGUGUGCGCUUCCGUGCCGACAAUCCCGGGUUCUGGCUGAUGCACUGUCACUUCGAGUGGCACACAGCCGUCGGUAUGGCGCUGGUGCUGCAGGUGGGCAAUACGGAUCAGAUGGUGAAGCCUCCAAGCAAUUUCCCGAAAUGUAACAACUAUACACCGAAGGUGGAUGAUCUUUUAAACGGUCAUAUUUAGAGUAGGUAAAGCGAGAGGGUACGAGGGCGACAUAAGCAUUUAAUUAUUUAUUUAUUCUAGUUGUAUUAGGGUGUUCUCACAAACUGUGUCAACGCAAUGAAGGGAAAGGCCUUACCACGAAAAAUGAUAAUCUAAAUUAAACGGAAAUGAAGUAUAGCCGCAGUUUUUUAUCCAAAUAAAUGUGUCAAACUACUGAG